AUGAAUUCCCCGCCCUCCUCAUCCGAAUCUGCCCCGUUCAAUGAUCCAAACGACCAGGUCGAGGAACUGGAUAGUGACAAACACUAUCAUCACCCGGUCUGGCCAAAACGCUGGCAUCAUCCCGAUUUCACUAAAGAGGCCUCCGAAAAUUGGGAGAAAGAGCCGUGGUACAGAAGCACGACUGAUCGCAUCACCCAUCGAUUCCUGACUAAACAAUUUCCAUAUCAUUUUCCAUGGGGGUAUAUUAUCUAUCGAACAGUCUACACACCUGAGUCUGAGGAAUUAUGGCCAAUCGCCAAGGAAAAGCUGAUCCGCGUGAUGCACGAAUGGAUGAAGGGUGAAUUACACCAUGAGACACGCUAUGGGAAUGAUCCCCGCCCCGAGCAGUUGAUAGAAGAGUCUCAUAAGGAUGUCAUCAUCUCUGACCCAGGGCGUUGGGACGGUGCUAGUAUUGAGCAAGUACGUGCUCAUUUUGCCCAGUAUCUGCGCAAAAUUAAGCAGGAGGAACAUUGUGAUGAUUCUCGCUUUGCUGUCUGUCUGAUGAUUGAUGAGCGAUCACUUAACUCUCUUGUUAAGACAGACGACCCUCACGGGGGUUUCGUUGGGGUAGUUGAUGGACGGUAUGAUACCGCAAAGAGGUAUGAUUCGCCUUUAUACCGUGGGUUUAUGAGGUCGCUAGUGUGCGCACUGUGGCCUCUUUACUUGAAUCUUCAAUUCGAUCAAAUGGAACAGCUAUGUCCGAAGGUGCCGGAUGGCUGGAUUCCUGUCUAUGAUGAGGGCGAUGGGACAGCGCAGGAUCAAGAUGGAAAUUUCAUUCCUAAAAACUUUGGUCGGAGACGCCCGGUGCGAUCAGCGCAGCAAGGGUGUGGGAGAGGGUAG